GGCAGCAGCGCAGCAGUACAAACCGCGUUCCUAGACUGCAGGGCUGCACGGGAACACCGGCCCACAAUGCAAGUGAGGCCUCUGCUGCUGAUGCUCGGGGCGUCGGCGUUGCUGGAGCCAGCUCUGGAGGCGGCCGAGGUGCUGGGCCUCUUCCAGUCACCGGGCCGCAGCCAGUGGGUGCUGGCGGAGACGUACCUGAGGGCGCUGGAGCGGAGCGGCCACCGCAUCACCGCCGUCACCACCUUCCCCUCCAGCCAAGGCGGCACCGGGGGCAACUGGACCGAGAUCCUCAUACCGAACCCUCUUAAUACAGACGGUGAUCUCAACGCAUUCGACGAUAUCGCCACAGGUCCCUUACAAAUGGCGAAACAGUUUCUUGACUAUGCUGAAAAAAUGUGUCACGGGUUUCUGAGAGACGAACGUGUACAGAAGUUGCACAAGUCAGGUAAAAAAUUUGACGUCAUUAUUUUGGAGAAUCUCUUCGCAGAAUGUCUACACGGAUACGCUCAUGGCCUGAAAGCACCUGUAAUUCUGCUUUCAACUUUCGCGGGAACGGACUGGAUGGCCGACACGGUGGGAAAUCCGAACCCCUAUUCUUACGUACCGAGUCCAUUCCUCGCGCUGGGCACCCACAUGAGUUUCCUCGAGAGACUUGAGAACACACUUGUUGGGAUAGGAGGAAAAAUCGCCCGACAGUUUCUGUAUCUGCCAAGGUUGGAUGCAAUUUUACAGACGUAUCUGAAGGAUCCGUCAUUGCCUUCGCUGUCGGAAAUCGAAAGACAGACGUCGCUUUUCCUGGUUAAUUAUCACUUCGCCCACGGAUGUCCUCGGCCACUUGUACCCAACAUGGUGGAAGUUGGAGGGCUGCAUGUCGGGCAACCAAAGAAGCUGCCCCAGGACAUACAGAAGUUUUUGGACGAGGCCACAGACGGGGCGAUAUACUUCAGUAUGGGCUCUAACGUGCAAAGUGCUCACUGGCCAGAGGAGAAGAGGUCCGCCUUCGUGAAGGUGUUUUCGCGGCUGAAGCAGCGAGUCCUGUGGAAAUGGGAGACGGACUCCCUGCCCGGUCAACCGCCCAACGUGAAGACGGGCAAGUGGCUGCCGCAGUCCGACAUACUGGCACACAAGAACGUGCGGGUGUUCAUAACACACGGUGGCCUGCUGAGCACCCAGGAGGCCACGGCCAGGGGGGUGCCGCUGGUGGGGAUCCCUGUGUUCGGCGACCAGCUGCUCAACAUGGCGCAGGCCCAGAGGCAGGGCUACGCCAUCACACUCGCCACCAGCAACAUCACUGAGGCCUCACUGUCGUGGGCACUUAACGAGGUGCUCAACAUCCCCAGGUACCGAGAGAACGCCCGGCGCCUGUCCCGCAUCUUCCACGACCGCCCGGUGAAGCCGCUGGACGAGGCUGUCUACUGGACAGAGUACGUGAUCAGGCACCAGGGAGCACCUCACCUCAGGUCCGCGGCGCUGGACCUCGCCUGGUACCAGUACUUGCUGCUAGAUGUCGUCGCGGCGCUGCUCGCCGCAGCACUGCUGGCUCUCCUCCUCACCAGAGCAGCCUUCAGUGCGGGACUGCGGCUACUGAAGGGGACUGCUGGCGGAUCCAAAGCUAAGAGGACUAGUAGCAAAUCCACCAAGAGGGACUGACGGCGUUUUACGUUGUAUUUAUUUAUCUCGUGUAUAUACCUCAUGUAUAUAGUAUCAAGAUGACGAAAUAAAAGGAAUUCCUACAAA